GGUUAUGAGACAAAUCGUAGAAGGAAGACUUAAAGAAACGACAAAGUUAACUCUUUUCAAUCUAUCCUAAAGCACGGCUGAAACCACAGACAGAACAUCCACAACCACCCAACACCCAACCGCAACAACAUAACACCACAACACCAACCCACUUUCUCCUCUGCAAGAAGCACCAUGAGUGACAUGGAAGACGAUGAUGCACCCAUGUCGGUUAGUCGCCGACGGCCCAACAUUCUCAUCACUGGGUCACCUGGAGUGGGAAAGACUUGCACGGCUGCCUCCAUCGCGAAAACAAUGGGCAGCGACAUGGUCCACGUUAAUGUCGGCAAAUUCGCCGAAGAACACAAAUGUUACGAAGGGCGCGACGAAGAAUUGGAUACCAACAUUUUGGAUGAAGACAAGUUGCUCGAUCUGCUCGAAAUCCAAUUUCAACAAUUAGCAGCUGCCAACAAGGGCAUUGUCGCCGACUUUCAUGUCUGUGAAAUAUUCCCCGAACGAUUCUUUGAUUUGGUACUCGUCCUACGAACCAAGACCGAAACACUCUUUGAUCGACUCACGGCACGAGGAUAUUCCGAACGAAAACGAUCCGAAAACAUGGAGGCCGAAAUCAUGCAAGUCAUUCUCGAAGAAGCACGGGCGUCGUAUGCCACCGAAAUUGUUCAUGAAGUGCCAUCCAAUACGGUGGCAGACUUGCAAUCCAAUGUGCAACGGGCGUGUCAAUGGUGUGAUCAAUGGGUGGCGGAUCAUACCUAACUUGCAUACUUACAUGUACAUAUGUACUGCCUUUAGAAACGUAAGUGAGCAAGUGUGGCCGGCAAUAAUAUUCGAUUGAUUAGAGCAAGACUAUUCGUUCUCGUCAAGAGCCGUCAAUCUUUGCAAGAAACACAACAAUACACGACUUUGGAACACAAAAUGUGUUAUUAUUAGGAUCCUUUUCCACACAGCGUUCCUGGUGUUGUUGUGCUGGUACAGUACUGGUAUCGCUAGAACGCUGGAACAACAUCCUCUGUUUAGCAUCGUGUAUAGUGGUAUCGAUGUGUACGGUGAUACUGCAGUGGACAGGAGAACUUUGUAGAGGCAACUGAACCGUGUUGACUAAUCAGACAAAAUGGUCGCAUAAAACUUCCUCGUCAUGAUGGCUUCUACCACCGUCCAAGUUUCAACCGAGGCUGGCUCGAAAAGCGCCGCUGUCAUUACCGUAUGAAGUGGAAUCAAACAUGGACCGUGGGCAUGACACCAUGGUUGAGGAAAUCAAACUCUUCUAUCAUGGCAUUGAAGACAUGUCCGCAACUGUGUCGUGAGCAUUGUAGCCAGGAAGAUUGAUUGCAACUUCUGUUCUGGUACGAUAUUUGGUAUUUUGGCUGGCUUAAAACAACGCAAACAGUCAAGAUCCAAGAUCUACUCUAGCUAGUACCGUACUG